AUGCGUCAAGUGCUGGUAGCCUCGCUUCACCUCACAGCCGCCACUGUCCGCUUCGCAUCCGUCACCCUUCCCAGCGCCAUCUACAGCGUGCUGCACUACAGUCUCACGCUUCAGCUCAACUUUCCAAGUCUCGCUCUGCUCUUUCUCGCUUGUCUUGUCGCCGCAUUCGUCUGGCUGAGGUAUAGACAUCUCAAUAGGUACGAGAGGUUGAGAGAAGUGCCGCUCGCAAAGGAUGAAGGUUUCAACCUUCACCCGGACGUGGGAGCCAAUGACGAUGAUGAUGGUAGGGGAAAUGGAUUCAGCAAUUAUCUCGACGAGUUCUUGCAAGCCAUUCGCAUAUUUGGGUUCCUCGAAAAGCCAGUGAGUGGGAGGAGGAGGAGGAGGAGGGGGGGGGAGCGCGAGCGUGGAAUUUGCGCGCAGAAACGGUCCCUCUCUCUGAGCGCGCGCCACUUUCGCCCAGGUGUUUCACGAGUUGGCGCGCCAUCUCCAAACUCGCAGACUCAUCGCCGGCGAUACGCUCUCCCUCGACUCGGACUUUUCCUUUUACAUUGUCAUCGACGGCAGGGUGCAAGUGUAUGCGCCCACUCCCCCCGCCCGCGAGUCUCGCAGAGCAGCAAACGGAUGGUCGGAGGAUGAGGAUGAGGAUGAAGGCAAUGGGUAUCAUCUGCUCAACGAGGUCACCAAUGGAGGCACCCUCAGCUCCCUCUUUACCAUUCUCAGCUUGUUCACAGAGGAUGUCGAGGUGGGACUGGGCACGGGCGAAGGGGAGGACGUAAAUGUUGCUGGCACGCAGCGCACCAGUGGCGCACCCGGCUCCUACGCUUCCAGCGUGCAUUCCACGGGUCAUGCGACGGAUAGUCCGAGGAGGCGCACCAAUGCGCAUCGAUCUCACCCGUCAGACGAAGCUGCACCGCCCUUGCGACCGAGUGGCGACCAACUGCAGCUCAACGCUGCAGCGCUGCGCAACGUGCCGUCUGCCAUGAGCUCGUCUGUGGCCGUGGAGCGUCUAGACGGCAUCGAUGCGCUUCGCGCUAGUCCAAGGCAGAGGCGAGGAAAGACUAGCAGCGGGACGGAUGAUGCUACCGUGGUGCAAGGAGACGAAGACGAAGAGACGAGCACGGUUCAUGAUGAUGUGCCGGGUGGACAGGAUCUGCUACCUCCUGCUCAGGCCUCUGCUCCCUUUCCACAUUUUGCUCGAGCGCAGGCUAGAGCAAGCGUCGCUUCCAGCUUCUCGCCACCACUAUUAGCAGACCGAGGUCGAGCGCACUCUACGGCUACCAAUUCCACCUUUGCUGAAGCGAGCAACGGUCCUCACACGCCUGGAAGCAUUCUGAGCGGCUUCGAAUCAAAAGGCGCAAAGCCGAGCCAUUACAUGCACCACGAAGGCGUGGGAACAGUGGCUAGGGCGGUGACGGAUACUACUUUGGCAGUCAUACCUGCCGACGCGUUCAAGCGACUGACCAAAAAGUAUCCCAACGCAGCAGCUCACAUUGUUCAGGGUGAGCGCGAGCAAGCUUCUUGCGUGUGCAGAAUGGGGCACGUCCACUGACGCGCGCGCGCGGGCUCGCCAUACACAGUCAUUCUCACGCGCCUCUCGCGAGUUACGUUCCACACGGCUCACAAGUAUCUGGGCUUGACAAGGGAAGUGAUGAGGACGGAGAAACACAUCAAUGAGCUCGCGUGUUUUACGCUGCCUGCCGCCUUUUACGAGCAAGGAGGCAUGGAGCGUCUUCGACAGCGCUUCCUACCCGAGCCUCAAAAGCACGAUGCGCAGGCGAGGAUGCCGAGUGGCGGCGAGUCUGCAACGCCACCUGGCGAUGAUUUACAUGACGAGGGGGGAGAUUACUUUCGCGGCUCGGCUUGGAGGCGCGGAGCGAGCGAAAGCACGGAAAAGGCCAAGACGCCAAAGAGGAACACUGUGGCGAGGGUCGAUCCUGCUCGCACGCCCUGGGGACAUCCCGAUCCGCCUCUGCGCACGCCCACCAGUCGAACCAGCGUCGGACCUGGCGAUCUACUGAGCAUGACAGGUACCGAGGAUGGCGCGGGGCCAGGCGGAGGAGGCGGAGGAGGAGGAGGAGGAGGAGGAACAAUUGGCGGAAGACCUGGCAGUCCUCGAUCCUACCUCGUCUCGACGAGUGCGCGCCCUCGAGCAGCUUCGCGCGGCACGGCCAUCAAAGGCUCAGAUGCGACUACGUUGGAUAUGCUCUCUUUGAGCUCCUUGUCGGAUGCGCGCCUUGCGAGUCCCGUGGGUGCAGAGAGUGCCGGAAGCGACUCGGGCUCCUUUGCCGGCGGUUUCGGGCCUGGCGCGCUGGCGGAUUUCAAUUUGAAGGAUGCAGUGAUGGGAUGCAUUGCUAGGUCGAUUGGACUCAUGCAGCAACAGAGUCCCGGCACGGAAAGUCCAGGUCAAUCGCUCUCUGCUAGUCCAUUUAUCAAUCCGGCAGACACGCUUCAGAGGAGCGUCUUCAGGAGCGCCUUUAGCAGUCUGAGCAUGCUCGAUGCGGCCAUGGCGUAUGAUGAGGAGAGCAGCGUGACGGGCGCGAGCAGCAGCGCUUUGGGUCCUCAUCACGUCGAGCUGGAGAAUGAGGUGGAGGUGAGGUUCUUUCCAGCUGGGAGCGUGCUCGCUAGUGCUGGAGAUGCCGCUGCUGGAUUGUUCUACGUCAUCGAUGGUUUUCUCGAUGUCGUGGUGCCGCCGGACGACGCGGACACGCAAGCUGUGCAGGACAACAAGCAGCAAGGUCCCGAGCCCAAGCUCCCGGGAAGAGCAGCGCCUUUGAAUGGGCAUGGGCACAGGAGCGCCGCCACGUCUGCGUCUAGGGCGGCACCAGCACCCUCGCGCUCGGGAGAUGCUGGACGAGGAGCACCUACGCAGUCCGAUCGCAUUGGAAACGCGCUGGACGGAACGGCAUCCGGUGCACGUGCACGUGCGCGCGCUCGAUCAGCGCAGCAGCAGGGGCAGCAGCAGCAGCCGCAGCAGCAGCAGACGGAUCACGUACGUUUGCCUGAAGACAAACCAAAGGAUCAGCGGGCCAUCUUUAGCGUGGGAAGAGGAGGCAUUGCGGGCUACCUUUCGAGCUUGCUGGGUGCGCCAAGCUACGUGGAUAUACGUGCCAAGACGGACACAUAUGUGGGCGUGCUUCCUGCCAAGGCGCUUGGUAGGGUCAUGGAGCGUCGACCCAUCGUGCUGCUCACUCUAUGCAAGCGGCUCUUGAGCUUGUUGAGUCCGCUAAGUGAGUCGCGCGCGCCGCUCGCGCUCGCGCUCGCUCGACGACAUUCCCGCACGCGUGUUUUUUUGACAUUUGCGCGUCACUUUUCCCCCCUCGCACGCGCUCCCACACAGUCUUGCAGAUCGACUCGGCACUAGAAUGGGAGUCUGUCAAUGCGGGUCAGGUGAUUUACCGCGAGGGCGAAGCGUCAGACUCUUUUUACGUCGUCAUCAAUGGUCGAUUGAGAGCCAUUACGGAGCGGGGCGGUGGAGCGGGAGUGGACUCGAUCAGCGAGUAUGGUCAGGGAGAUAGCGUGGGAGAGUUAGAUGUCGUGACGCGGUCUGUGCGACGCAAGACGUUGCACGCGAUUCGAGACUCCGAGCUGGCAAGAAUGCCGAUGGUGAGUGGGUUCGUCGUGAUGCGUGCGUUCGUUCGUGCGCGCGUGCGCUGCAUAGCAGCUGACCUUUUUGCACCUGCAAGACGCUUUUCAAUGCCAUCUCGAUGAGACAUCCGACGAUUACGAUUCAAAUGUCUCGCAUCAUUGCGCGUCGUGUGCGCGAAGAGCUGAAUUCGAGUCAACGAGAACGCGGCCGACGAGGCGCUGUGCAGACGGCCCCGCCCGUUCCCGGCUUGCCCGACUUGGGACGCAACAAUCUCAACCUCAAGACGGUCGCCAUCGUUCCCGUCACGCGCGAAGUGCCCAUCACCAACUUUGCCAAUCGACUUCAGGCCGCCUUUGAAGAUACGAUUGGAGGUCCUACGGCGUUUUUGAAUCAGAGCAGCGUGAUGGGCGUGCUGGGUCGACACGCGUUCAACCGCAUGGGCAAGCUGAAAUUGGCCGGUUGGCUGGCCGAGCAGGAACAGCGGUACAGGCUGGUGCUGUACGUCGUCGAUACGGCCGUCAGCUCUCCCUGGGCUCAGACCAGCAUCAGGCAGGCAGACUGCGUGCUCCUCGUCGGAUUUGGAGACGAUCCUACCAUGGGAGAGUACGAGAGGCUUUUGCUGGGCAUCAAGACGACGGCGAGAAAGGAGCUGGUGCUGUUGCAUCCCGAGAGGAGCGUCCCGCCAGGCGCUACGCGAGCGUGGCUCAAGGUGAGUGGAGCGCGCGCGCGCGUGAGUGUGUGUGCGUGCGUGUGUGCACGCGCCAACGUUUUCACGACCCACCACAGUCUCGACCGUGGAUUCAUGCGCAUCAUCACGUCGAGCUGCCAGGCAUUACGCGCUCCGCCGGCGGCUCGACUGCUAGUGGCGCCGCGAGCGAUCCGCGAGCUGUCAAGGCGCUGCGCACGCUCAAGGCGAAACUCGAGACGAGCCUGCAUCGGUACAGCGGCAAAUCUCGCGGCGCUAUUCCAGGUCGUCCUCAUCACUUUUCCGACUUUGCGCGGCUAGCGCGAAGAUUGUGCGGCAAGAGCAUAGGUUUAGUUCUGGGCGGAGGAGGUGCGCGGGGGUGCGCUCAUGUAGGUUUUCUGAGGGCGCUGGAAGAGAGGGGCAUUCCCAUCGACAUGGUCGGCGGCACCAGCAUAGGCAGCCUCGUGGGCGGUCUGUACGCCAAGGAAGCCGAAAUGGUCACCACGUUUGGCCGUGUCAAAAAGUUUGCUGGCAGAAUGGCUAGCUUGUGGCGCUUCGCUAGCGACUUGACGUAUCCCGUCGUCAGCUACACUACGGGGCACGAGUUCAAUCGCGGAGUCUUUAGUGAGUGUGUGUGCGUGCGCGUAGAGAAUCGCACGAGCUGACUGACGCACGCACGCACGCACGCACGCACGCGCGCGCACCACAGAGGCGCUCUCUGACACGCACAUCGAAGACAUGUGGCUGCCCUUCUUUUGCAACACCACCAACAUCACUUGGAGCAGGAUGGAGGUGCACACGACGGGAUACGCUUGGAGGUAUAUUCGAGGAAGCAUGACUUUGGCAGGUCUCAUUCCGCCGCUGGUAGACGAUGGACAUAUGCUCGUCGAUGGUGGAUACAUGGACAAUCUACCCGUCAGCGUCAUGAUGGCCAUGGGAGCGCACGAUGUGUUUGCCGUCGACGUUGGAAGCAUUGUGAGUGACCCAUCGGGCUGCGAGUGCGGCGUGCACGCGGGCGGGCGAGCGAGCGAUUGCACGACUUGACGCCCAUGCGCGCGCGCGCGCGCGCGUGCGCGUGACAGGACGACACUUCGCCGCGCAGUUAUGGCGACACGCUUUCGGGCUGGUGGGUGCUGCUCAACAAGUGGAACCCGUGGAGCGAUGCGCGAAAUAUUCCCAGCAUUACGGAUAUUCGUGAGUUGUGGUGUGUUGGCGAGAUGCGAUGAUCGCGCUGAAUGGAGCUCUACGUGUCGAGCAGAGGGACGAUUGACUUAGUGAGUGCAGCGUUCGCUAAAGUGUGCUUGCGGUGGCGCGAACCGAGUAUGCUCACGCCAACGCCCCGACAGCGUUUCUUCGGUCAAGACGCUGGACGAGGCAAAGAGCACGCCGGGUUGCUUCUACCUUCGCAUGCCUGUGGAAGGUUUCGGAACGGUGAGUGGCGGUGGCGGUGGCGGUCGCGACAACCGCGGCUGACACGUACGCGCUCUCUCUGCGCGUCCAGAUGGAAUUCGGUCGAGUGAGUAGUCGCGAAUUGAUUACGCUUGGUGCGGACUUGCUAACGCGCGCGCCCGCAUUGCAGUUCAACGAGGUGCAGCAAAUCGGAUACGAGGCUAGCAGAGCAGCAUUGGCCGGCUGGGCAAAGGAGGGAUCUCUUCCCACCGGCAUGUCACUGGAAGCCGAAGCUGCCGACAAUCACAAUCGCAAGCGAGGCGUCGGCGCGCGAAGAAAUUCCGUUUGA